AUGAAGCACAAAAACCUGAUGGCGAAGGCGUUGUACGACAACGUUCCAGAGUCUCCCGAGGAGCUCGCUUUCCGGAAGGGCGACAUCCUCACCGUCAUCGAGCAGAAUACCGGAGGCCUGGAGGGCUGGUGGCUCUGCUCGCUGCACGGUCGCCAGGGCAUCGCUCCCGGCAACCGUCUCAAGCUGCUCAUCGGCCCCAAGUUCGAGAACCAAGCUCCUCCCCAACAGGUCCAGUCUCCACUCCAGGCCACGUCCCACCAGCAGAGACCACACACCCCCCAGGGCUUGUACCAGGUACCAGCCUCUCACCAGAGCCCUCAGUCACAGAGCAUCUACCAGAUCCCCCCCGCCCAGGACGUCUACCAGGUCCCUCAGAGAACUGCACUGGCAGCAGAGGGAAGCCUGAGUAAGGUGGUGACCCCGACACGGGUAGGACAAUGCUACACCUACAGCCCUGCCCAGAAUGCAUCGCAGGACCUCUACGACGUGCCCGCUGUCCGACCACAAGGGGUGUACGAUAUUCCACCUGGUAAACAGACGAAGAAGCAUGGAAGUACUCGGCUGUACGACAUCCCCCCUUCCACGCAAGCACAGGGGGUUUACGACAUCCCUCCAUCAACCCAAGGGGUUUACUCAAUACCUCCAAGUCGGAAUAACCUGGCCUGCGACGAAGGAAACUACGACUUUCCACAGCCUCUUAAACUCAAGCAAGAAGGGAUCUACGACGUACCCCCACCGUCCCUUUCUAAAGCUACACAAUGCCCGCAGUCCAAUUACGACUUCCCUCCCAGCUCUGAGCCCGCCUCUCGAGUUGUUGCUAAUAGCGAUGGUAUCUAUGAUGUACCGCCCAGCCAGACUGCCUCAGGAGCAUCGCAGGACUUGUAUGACAUUCCACGUGGGAUGCAGCCACAGCAACAGCCUCCACAGCGAGACCGUGAUCGCAACAAGGCCAUCUACGACGUUCCACCUCAGGAUUCCCGUUUGCUCGGCGACGUUACGGAUGGAGUCAACCGACUGUCGUUUUCCAGCACGGGUAGUACCCGCAGCAGCAUGUCCACGUCUUCCUCUUCAGCCAGUUCUCCUUCGGAGGGUCGUCUGACCCUUGACCUGGACUCGGCCAUUCAGAGGCUCGGUCGCCUGCAGCAGACUCUGGAGGGUUCCAUCUCAACUCUGCAGGCCCUCGCUGCCUCUUCGCACUGGCGAACGUACACCUUCAUGGAACGCCACGCCAACGAGGUCCACGUGACGUUGGAGCGCGUGCGGGUGGCAAUCGCGGAUUUCCUGGUGUUCGGACGUGGGGCUACGGCCAAUGCCACAGCCCUGUCAGACUCCAGUUUGCACGCAAAGUUGCGGCGGCAGCUGCAGCGUCUGGAGGACUCGCAUCAGAUCCUGUAUCAGACAUACCAAAGCCUGGAGACUAGCAGCUGGGCACUGAACGUCCUGGCAUCAGGGGCAAGGCAACAGGGAAAGACCGAUGAUCUGGACCGUUUUGUCAUGGUGUCGAGGACUGUGCCUGAUGAUGCCAAGCAGUUGGCAUCUACCAUUGGGAGCAACGCAGAGUUACUCUUCAGACGGGCGCCGGUGGAAGGGAUCGUACACCCCUUCACAUGCUCUCCGACAGAGGACGACAACCACACUGGGCAAACCAAGCCUUUCCCUGUUCCUCAAGAGAAAGUCAACAUGAACAACAGCGAGAAGUGUGUGAAAAGUUGGAUGGAAGAUUACGAUUACGUUCACUUGCAGGGCAAGGAAGAGUUUGAACGACAGCAGAAGGAGCUUUUAGAAAAGGAAAAUAUCACUAAACAGAGCAAAGUCCAGCUGGGACAAGAGCAGCUCAAGCAGUUUAAACAGCUGGAGCAAGAGGUCAUCAAACCUGUUGAGAAUGACAUCACACAGUGGAUCUCCCACCAGAACUCCACGGGUUCCACCUCUCCCUCAGACUCCUCCUCCACAUCCUCUUUAGGAGGUGGCACCCAGCUUUGCGGACGGGACCGACAGUUGCUUGGAUUCUACGCCGAGCAGUGCGAACAGCACUUUGUGACUCUCUUAAACGCCGUGGACGCAUUUUUCGGCUGUGUCGCCGCUGGCCAGCCUCCUCGCAUCUUUGUGGCGCACGGAAAGUUCGUCAUCCUCAGCGCCCACAAGCUCGUAUUCAUCGGCGACACACUGUCGCGACAGGCCACGACGCCCGAAGUGGCCAAUCGGAUUAUGAACUCCAGCAACAUGCUAUGUGAUUUGCUAAAGACAGUUGUGGGCGCCACCAAGAUGGCCGCCCUGCACUACCCAAACACAGCUGCUGUACAGGAAAUGGUGGAUCGGGUCACGGACCUGUCACACCAAGCACAGCAGUUCAAAGUUCAGCUGUCUCAGAUGGCAGCUUUGUAA